AAGAGUAUAUUCAAAAUCGUAACGCGCAAAGAGGGUCUGUCGUAUCUGAUAGAAGGAAACAAUUAAAGGAGCGCCCUGUUCCUUGGGAGGCAUGCCUGCUCAAAACGCAACUUAUGAAACCUUGAUGUUUAACGUUUAAUACCUGCGGCUGCGCAUCCAAUAUUCAGUGUGGACACGACGUUGACACGCGCUCAAGCGUAUCCGGAAGUUCGUGGUCAUCGCAGUCUGAUAUUUGGGUUUCAUGUGGAAAGUUGUUCUUCUUACAUUGCGGACUUGGCGUGUUCAGACUGCGUAAAUAGUGCGACGGUCGCAAGCAAACUUAACUGUCUGGAUCCUCUUCAGAAUCCCCUUGUUAGUACACAGAUACGAACGCCAAAUGGCUGAACUCACAGUCGCCGUAAUGGGUGCCACCGGGACUGGCAAAUCGACGUUCAUCAACCUCGUCAGCGGGUCAAACUUCCAAGUCGGAUCAGGCCUGCUAUCAAGCACCACUCAGGUGCAAAGCUCGCAGCCAUUCGACAUAGGUGGUCGUCGUAUGGUCCUGAUCGACACUCCGGGCUUCGACGACUCGACUCGGACGGAUACUGACAUCCUACGAACGAUCUCAACAUACUUGGAAAACACAUACCGCAACAACAAGAAACUUAGCGGAGUGAUCUACAUGCAUCGAAUCUCAGACCCGAGGAUGAGCGGAAUAUCUCGUCGCAACUUCGGCAUGUUUCGCAAACUCUGCGGCGACAGCACUCUCGGUAGCGUGAUCAUCGUCACGAACAUGUGGGGUGAGAUUCGUGAAGAGGUCGGGGUGCAACGUGAACGUGAACUGGCGACAGAAGACAUCCUAUUCAAGCCUGUGCUUGACAAAGGGGCCAAGAUGAUGCGUCACUACAAUACCUUGGAGUCUGGCAGGGCGAUUGUAGAGCAGUUUGUGAAUAAGGAGGCAGUAACGUUGAAGAUCCAAGACGAGGUGGUUAGGGAAGGGAAGAGUGUUGAGCAGACUGCGGCUGGUGCAGAGCUGGAGGCCGAGAAGCAAAAGGAGCUGGCUGAAGCAAGGCGAAAGCAAGAGGAAGAGAUCAGGCGUGCACAAGAGGCUAUGCGUCUGAAGAUGGAAGAAGAAGAGAGGCGACACAAGGCGGAGAUUGAGGCGGCACGAGUUCGGGCUGAAGCCGAGGCAGCUCGUCAACGGGAGGCUUAUGCUCGGGAGAUGGCGCGACAGGCAGAGGAGCGACGUCGAGAGGAGGCACACCGUCGAGAAGUGCAGAGGCAGUUGGAAGCUCAAUUGGCUGCACAGGCUGCGAAGAGACGACGACAGGAGGAGGAGGCUCAGAGGGUUCAGCAAGAGAUGGUAAGACAGCAGCAAGAGGCUGCAGCGGCUCAACAGAGACUGAGAGAGGAGGUCGAACGUUUGCAUCAUGAAUCUAAUGACGGCGGCUGCGUCAUCUUCUGAAGUUCCUUUCAAAUUGCACAUGUACAUGUCGUAUCUUUGAGCUGCGUGAUUGAUAAACACACUUCUUAAUGCGCU